UUUUGGGGGUGAGUGUUUUGAGUUGUAGGAAGUGCACUGAGAGCUGCGUCUGCUCUUCCUGCAGUUACAGGGAUGAAUACAUGAACGCGAGAGAAGAAAAUGGCGAUUGAGCAGGACAAAUGUUUCCCCUCCCAGACUCUGCAAAUGUGUUGAAUUUCCACAGCCUUAUUGUUUGCUUUCAUUUCAUCUCUACUGCACUUUAAACUACAAGAGAGAAUUGGAUGCUAUUGCCACCAAAGACAUUGAAGAGAAGCAACACAGAAGUCAGUCAGUCAAGCACAUCUGGGAUUUCAUGAGGUGUCAGGAAACCCCCCUAGUUUGGAACCAGUCGUUCACACCUCAGACUGGAAAAGACUCAUGGAAUAGGUGCCAGAACCUAUCCAAUCAAGUUUCAGCCAGCCUCAGUCUGCCAGUUCUAACAGCAGCACCUCCACUGUUACCUGCGCCAUCAGCAAUGCCAAGAGGGCCCCAGCCAGUGGUCAGCCCCAAGCCUUGCCUCGGUACCCACUCUGUGAAGUUCCAUCGAGUGUCUGUCAGCACAAACAGAAGCAGCUGUUGAAGCGUGGGUAAUCCCUCACGGUCCUUGCAGCCACCCUGGGAACUCAAGUGCAGCUCAUCUCUAGCCAGACAGUGGAGCUUACGACUGAGAGGCCUGUCCUACACUGCACCCAAAGCCACCUCUCAGGCAUGGCUCCCAUUCGGGAUUCCGUCAGCCACUCCUCUAACCAAACAGAUUUGGAACACGCUGGUCUGGAACCUCAGUAUGAAAAUUCACCGUGGAGCACUGGCAGCGACUCGAACAGCAACUGGGGAAAAGUAAUUGUAGAUAAGGGACCCUGGCCCUCCAUCACGGGUAGUGACCCAGAGUUAGCCUCUGAAUGUAUGGAUGCUGACUCUGCCUCCAGCUCGGGGUCUGAAAAGAAUCUUAGUAUGAUGGCAUCCGGGAACACCAGUGGUGACAACAAUGGCAAUAGACAAGGCAGCAGUCAUUUCAUGGUUGCAAAUGGCAGCAAUAAUGUGGGUAAUGGGAGUGUUAAGGGGUCUUGGGGUAUGUCCAAUGGCUCGAUGCUAAGCACAUGUCAAGGCUCUGUGGAGGGCCCCAGCAGCAAGCUGGCAGAAGGCAGCCAUGGCAAAAUAAAUGCAUGGGGUACCCAAGGUUCCUCAGCCAAUGGAGGUAUAAAUCCAAGCACUUUGAACCCAAAUGCCAACCAUGGUGCCUGGCCCAUUCUUCAGAACACUGUGUCCAACCACCAUGGGCCUGUGGGGAAUGGGAAUGGUGGCACCAACACUCAACAAAGCACCAUAGGUCAAACACCCAGCAUACAGAGUAUCAACUCUAAAAUGUCCUGGGAAUGCCUGCAGGAAAAUAUGUACGAAGCUGAAGUCAAUGGUACAAACAAGGUUCCAAGUGGGCAGCCUCAAAACCUUAACACUGAAUUUAAUGGACCAAAUAACACUACUAACAUGAUGACCUCUAGUUUACCAAACUCUACUGGUUCAAUGCAGAUGAAUGAACAGCCCCCAGGGCACCGAGCCUGGCCUGUGAGCACAGGGGGCUCUCCUCAGCUCCCUAUUUCUACAGUCUGUAAUGGCACUUCCAUUUCUCAACAUGGCAACAGUGAGGGAAUUAACAAUGGGUCUUAUGGUACAGCAUGGGGCAUUCCGCCCUGCACUAAUUACUCUGGAGACAAAUGUCCUGUCCCUAAAGGCCAAGCUGUGGGUGACACUGUGAAUGCAACUCUAAUGCAGUCUGGAGCCAAUGGCUCCUCUGUGAGUGCUGCUUCUUUAAAGAAUAAUAAUAAUGGGAUGGGCGGUCAUGGAGGAGGUUGGGACUCUGCGUCCACUACAUCACAAAGUAUGUCUUGGGGUGCAGGUAAUGGUGUGGGCCCUGCUGGCAUCCCUCGCCCCUGGGGGAGUGCCUCCUCUUCUUCUUCCUCUUCCUCAACCUCUUCAAACACUGGCACUAAGGUCUCAAAUGGGGAGUGGAACACUCUGCCCAGCAACAGUCAGCAUUCCAAUGAUGACACGAAUGAGAGCAGGAAGGGAACAAAUGGAUGGAAGUCCUUGGAAGAUGAUGCUCUUGGUAUAGGAAGCUGUGGACAAGCGCCCCAAGGCAGCACAUGGAACAAAUCAACAGGCAGUGAAGGAAGUGGGGAAAGUUCAGGAGGUUGCAGCGAUAGGGAUGGACAACGCAACAGCAACCGAAGAAGGGGUAAUCAACAGGGGAUGAUAAAUGCAGCUCUCACUAAAAUUGAUAUUGACCCCAGGGUCUUGUCCAACACAGGGUGGGGUCAAACACCAGUCCGCCAAAACAUUGCCUGGGAUGUAUCGAGCUCUGAUAAAAAGACAGGAAAUGGACAAGCUGGGUGGGGCAGUGCUCUCCCGCAUGUGUCUAAAUCAGGUGGGUGGGGAGAUGGAUCCACCACCAACAGUAGCGAUCCUGGGUGGACCGAAAAGAAACCUUCAACUGGCUGGGGAGAAAUCAAAGGCCCAGUUGGGCAAGGUGGUUGGGAGGAAGCCUCUUCCGUUGCAAUGAACAAGGGCAGUUCCUCAUGGAAUGGUGGAAAGGAUGAGAAGUCCUCCUCUUGGAAUAAUACACAGAAGGCAAAACAGGGAUGGGGUGGAAAAUCUGCCGAAGAGGGAUGGGGCGGAGAAGGCCAAAAGGGAAACCAUUGGGGAGAGCCCCAGAAAUCUGGUUCCGGUGGCUGGGACAGCGACAGUGACCGCUCUGGAUCAGUUUGGAGCGAACCUGGCCGUUGUGGGACAAGCAACACCUGGGGAGGCACCAACACUCCCGACCAGAGUGGUCCAACCACAGGAUGGGGAGAACCAGUCAAGACCAACAGUCAAAACCAAGGCUGGGGCGAGCCAAUCAAACCAAGCUACUCCAACCCUACUUGGGGUGACUCCAUCAAACCGAACAACUCUUCAGAUUGGGGAAAAUCCCAAGAAUCCAGCAUGGGAACAUUCAGGAGUGGGAACAACCCUCAGACUGUAGCCCCUGGUCAGAACAAGCCUACAGGAUGGCUGGGAGGCCCGAUGCCUACUGCCUCUAAAGAAGAAUUAUCCACUGGAUGGGAAGAACCAUCUCCUGAAUCCAUCAGGCGUAGAACGGAGAUUGAUGAUGGUACUUCAGCAUGGGGAGAUCCCAACAAAUAUAACUAUGGCAAUGUCAACAUGUGGAACAAGAAAACUGCUGGAGAGCAGGAUGGCAUGGCUACUUCCCAGCCCCCACAGGCCCAAAGCUCUAUGGCUCCAAAAGAAAAGAACUGCAGCUCAGGGUGGGGAGAGACAUAUGGUGGGCCACAAAAAAUUGAGUCCUCUACCUGGAGUGAGCCUGCUGGUCCACCAGUCAAAGUGGACAAUGGCACUUCUGCUUGGGGAAGGCCUGUUGAUUCAGGUUCAAGCUGGGAAGAGCCAGGGAGGGAAAACUUAGGAGGCAGUAGCUGGGGCAAUGCUGCUGUAGGACAACAAUCAAAGCACAAGUGUGUAUCCAAACCUAUGCAAGACAACUGGUGUGGUGAUGAGAUGUCCAUGGCAGGUCACUCCAACUGGGAGGAGGAAGAGGAAGUAGAGAUAGGCAUGUGGAACAACAAUCCAUCACAGGAGACAAACCAAACUGGAAACUGGUCCUACAAGAAGAUGCCUCCAAAGCUGAAUAAAGGACCCAACAAGCAGGAUGAUUCUCCAUGGAUGAAUCAGUUUGUGAAACAGUUCAAUAACAUGUACACUAGGGAUUCCUCUGAAGAUUCUCUAAAGAGCAAUAAGAUGGAUAUGCCUGGAGGAAUGACAGACAAGCGCAUGGAUGUUGAAAAGCAUGUUCUUAAUAUGGAAGAGUACGGAAAACAUCCUGCUUCACGCCACCAGAUCCACAAAGACUCGCCCAUAGACCGUAAUCCCUAUAUGGAUAAGCUUUCACUGCCUGUAUAUGAUAGCUCUGUAGCAGAAGAGUCCCCAAACUCCCAGAUCGCUUCCAUACAGAAUAUCAGCUUUUCCCCAACAAAAAAUGCACAGCCAAACCAGUGCAGCUUGCCAGGGCCUCACCAUCCAAACUCUGCCUCUGUUAGGCAGAAUGUAAACAUGUACGGUGUCAGUAAUGCAGCAGCACAAGGCCGGAAUACCCAGCAGUCUCCCGCACAACCUCUGAACUCCACUCAGCCCAGUCUACGCAACCAAGUGCCUCCACUACUGCCCUCUCAGGUCCCGCCACCCCGGUUGAAGUGCUCCCCUAAUAAUGGAGGUCUGAACCCUCUGUUUGGCCCACAGCAGGUGGCUAUGCUGAACCAGCUGUCCCAGCUAAACCAACUCUCUCAGCUCUCUCAGAUUAAUCAGUUACAGCGCCUCCUCCUACAGCAGAAAGUGCAAAACCAGAGGGCCAUGCCUGUUAAUAACCGCCAGCAACAGGAACAGCAGGGUCGUGGUCUGGGCCCCUCCCAGCAGAUGAUCCAGCCUCCCCGCCAUAUCGAUCCCUCCCUGAUGAAGCAGCAGACCUCCCCCCAACCACCCUCACUGCACCAGCCCAGCCUCAAGUCCUAUAUGGAGAACUUCACGCCCCCCAAUGCCUCUGACCUGCAGAAAGAACAAAGUUCCCUGAGCUCGUUCAGUAAUUUCCCUUUAGGUGGGUGUCCUCCCCAUCUUAAUGUAGGCCAGACUGACUCAGUGUUGCACCAAGCUGCCAAGCCCAACAUGAUGUUUGCCUCUGAAAUGUCAGGCUAUCAGCCAUCUGGCAUUAGACAAAGUCAUAACCUCCUAGCCCCUCCUCUGAGCAAUGGCCACAUGGUGCCAGGCUCUCCCAUCAACCCUCGGGUAGGAAAGAACUUCUGUCCCAACAGCAGCUCUCUGCCAGCAAGAGGCUUGAAUUCAAACUUGAAUGUAAGCAACCUCGACAUUAGUAGUGUUGGUUUUAAGGAGCCACAGUCCCGUCUAAAGAAGUGGACUGCCAUGGAUAUUUCCGUUAACUCGCCACUUGAUCAAAACCCCAGCAAAUCUGGUGCUAUAACAUCUGGGCUAAGGCUUGAAGAUUCACCCUUUGGUCCAUAUGACUUCAUCAAUGCCAGUAAUGCUCCUAUUAGUCCUCCUGGCUCUGUGGGAGAUGGCUGGCCCAGCCGUGCCAAAUCACCUCAUGGUUCAACCAAUGUCAACUGGCCACCAGAGUUCCGUCCUGGUGAGCCUUGGAAAGGAUAUCCAAACAUUGAUCCUGAAACUGACCCAUUUGUCACUCCUGGCAGUGUGAUUAAUAAUCUCUCCAUUAAUACAGUCCGGGAUGUUGAUCACCUCAGGGACAGGAACAAUGGUCCAUCCUCAUCACUUAACACCACGCUGCCUUCAAAUAGUGCCUGGACAUCCAUUCGUGCCUCCAACCACAAUAGUUCCCUCAACAGUACAGCACAAAGCACUUCAGCCAGAAACAGUGACUCUAAAUGGUCUCCUGGUACAGUCACCAACACCUCUUUGGCUCAUGAGCUGUGGAAGGUUCCUCUCACCUCGAAAGGCAUCUCUGCUCCGUCCCGCCCCCCACCUGGCCUGACAGGCCAGAAACAGCCCUCAUCUUGGGACAACAGCUCUCUGAGACUGGCAGGCUGGGGCAGCUCUGAAUCCAGAUUUACCUCUGGUUCAAGCUGGGGUGACAGCAGCUCAGGGAGAACUAAUUGGCUUGUUCUCAAAAACCUCACACCUCAGAUUGAUGGCUCCACCUUGCGAACUCUGUGCAUGCAGCACGGUCCACUGAUCACAUUCCAUCUGAACCUUCCCCAUGGCAAUGCUGUCGUCUGCUACAGCUCUAAGGAGGAGGCGGCCAAAGCCCAAAAGUCACUGCACAUGUGUGUUUUAGGGAACACUACAAUUCUUGCAGAGUUUGCUAGUGAAGAGGAAAUUAAUCGUUUCUUUGCACAAGGUCAGUCAAUGACUGCCUCUCCCAGCUGGCAGACACUGGGCACUUCUCAGAACCGGAUCGGAUCCAUCGAGGGUUCUCACCCCUUCCCAAACCGCACUGAUCCAAAUCACUGGAACGGCAGCGGUCUGUCAGGAGCAGGCAGCAGAGACUUGCACGGCUCUUCUCUCUGGGAUUUUCCCAACUACUCCAGGAGCCUGUGGGGGAGCCCCAGUGCCAGUGAGGGGGGGAGAAUCAACAGCCCCUCCCCCAUCAGCUCCUUCCUUCCUGUUGACCACCUGACAGGAGGUGGGGAGUCCAUGUAGUACAUCUUUCACCUUCUGACUUAAAAACGUAAAAAAAAAAAAAAACUUCAAAACAAACAAAAAAUAUAUAUAUAUAUAUAAAAAAAACAUACAAACCCGUGACCUCAAUGUCGAAUAGUUAAUCAUAAUCAUAUAACCAUAUAUAUAUUAUAUAUGAAAAAAAAAAUCAAAUGGCACUAGUUAGACUUUCUUCACUUAAAACAAACAAAAAAACAAUACGGGGUCACCCUGUGGAAACAAGUUACGUUCUUUUCUUCUGCACAUUUUGUCCACUUUGUUUUAGCCCAAAACAUAUCAUUUUGAAUACUUGAAUUAUGCAGGCCAAUUCUAUAAUGUGAAAGGAUGUAUUACACUUCCAGGUAGUGCUCUUCAUACAGAAAAAAAAAAGCUUCAGUUGAGCUCAUCUGUUUCUUCAUCAUGUUUAUUUGAAUUCCAAUUCUUUUAGUUUUAGUUUUAUUAUUUGCGUUUUGUUUGCUGACAAUGUUGGAGUUUGAGCUUUUUUAACUUUGCACUGAAUGUGGUUUUUCUCAGUAUAAUCUGCAAUAUGGAGGGAGCCGACAGUUCCAGUGUAGUUGUUUACUCAAGGAUGUUCUUAAAAGUGUGCGCUCUACUAUGCCUUGAUGUACGCCUACCUUUAUUGUGGUAUUGUGGAGUUUGAGAUCAAGAUAUAGAUGCUGACUUAGGAUUAUCUGAUGAUAUUACAGAAAUAAGUAUUGCACCAAUUUUGUUUUAAAACUAAAGAAUUUAGCUCUGCAGUGUAAGAAACUGUAGCCACAGCUGUGACUUGCAAACCCGACCUGCAAGCCAGGGGGAACAGCACUUUCAAAAUAGGCUUUCAAUUUUGUUUUGGAGGCGUCACAUUGUGCCCUCUUGUUUACAAAAAUUUUUGAGGGAGAAAGUAUGGUCAUUCUUCCUUUAUUUUAAAUGACAAGUUAAAAAUGCAUAAAGAAAAAAAAAAAACUAAUAAAAAUUACAAAUUAAAAACCAAAAAAAAAAAAUAAAUAAAAAAAAAAUCCAAAAGAAGAAAAAUAUAUAUUAAAAAAAUCUUGAGGAUGAAGACGAAGCUUUCUAUCUCUGGGAAUACUGAUCAGUGUUUGGCCAUGUCAUUGGUUAUUUUAUCUAUUCCUCUUGUCUGCUAAAUAACCAGCAUGGUUCUCAGGAAAUAUAGCCAGUUUUCCCCCAUAGAAACUCCAUGUAGGAAAAUCCAACUUUUAGCACUGAAACUACUUAUAGCUCUGUAAGUUUUUCUCUGCCAAAAACUGCUUUAAGCUGGAGACAUUCUACAUACUGCUUUUUCAAAUAUGCCGUCUUUUUAUUAAUGAGUGGAUAUGGUUUGCUGAAUCACUAUCUAGUCCAUCUUCCCUUUUCCCACUGAGUGGCUCAAUGUUUUUUGCUCUGUGACUGUCAAAGUAACUGUCAAUGUCAUAAGAAAAAGCAGAAAUCUGUAACUAUGCAUACUGUAGCCAACGUCUCGGCCUACAGAAUCGCUUUUUCUUUGACUGAAGUAAUAUUUUAUAUGUUUCGAUAAUUUGCGUAUACAUUGUUUUUUUUCUUUAUCGCCAGAGCUGGUGUUAAAAAGCAUUUUUUUUUUUUUUUUUUUUAAACAGUGCAAAAGUCGUCCACAUUUCAUUGCCUUGAUUAAAAUUGUGUCCGAAGAUGCAACAAGUCAAGUGGCUUUUAACUGUUUACAAAUAGAAGAUGAUUGUAACGUGUACAGUUUGGUUGUGUUAAUCUGAAGUUCCUUACAAUAUUAAUAAAUCAAUGUUUUGGCUGCUCAUUAUCAUUUUAUUUUGAAUUUUAUUUUGUUUUUUUCCCCCAUUUCCCCAUCUUUUUUUCCCCCUUCUUCAAAGCUGGUUUGUCAUUGAAAAUGGCUUGCCUCUGUACUUGUGGCCAAGGAAGGCUAGAUCAGAGGUGAAUGUAAUCUAUUGCUGGUAGUUAAAACACUUGCAUUUUAAUAAUGUGCAUAGAUUUACAGAUUAUUUACCUUUUUAUUGUACUAUAUUUUAGGUGCACAAUUUAUGAAACGCUUCAAAGAGCGAGAGGAAGAGAAAGAUGUCAGCAUUAGGCUAAGCCAUGGACCUUAAUAUGUGUUUAAGCUGUUUUUCUCCAUUUUAAUUUUAUUUGAGAAGUAGAACUUUGCUUGAUUUGGUAAGUUAUCCAUAUUUAAUGACUCAAAUAGUACAAAACCCUGAGUAUUACCCUGGUUGUGUGCCAGUAUUGAACAAUUUUAAGUAACCGCUUUACCAAAUAUACUUCAAAGGAUUUGUUUACUUAAUUCCAUACCUGGCUUAUCUCAUACUUGUUUGACAAUUUUUUUUUAGUGGAACAUUGGAAAACAGGUCGUCUUGAAGAGAAAAUACAUUACGAAAGCCGAAAAUAAUUUUUUGGAAUUGCACUUGGUGUACAUAAUUAACUAAAAAGCUUGUACUGUAUUUGUGUUCUGAGGGCAGAGUGUAGCUUUGGACAACUGGAUGGCACGGAUGGAGGACUUUGCCGUCUGUUUGUCUCUUAUUGUUCGUGUACAUUGGCUAUACUGAUUAAGGUGUGAGAUGGCGUGUGUUUGUGCCUGCAUGCUAGAGUGGUCCACUCCAUUCUUGGGCAUCAGGAGCCUUAGUAUUCUCUUGUAUACUAACGCAGUCUUUCUUGAGGGCGUAUAACUGCAAGAAUCACUGAUUAGAUUUCUGUGACUUUCUUACUUAAUGUGGAUUGCUCCAAGUUUAUAAAGUUACAUGAUUGUAUGUGUCCAUGGUAGUGUUAUUAAGUCAUUGUCUAGAAGGUUGGCGCUUAGCUUUACCAAUGGUUCUGAUUAGGUUCUUCAUUUCUGUCGUUGCAACUUGCUGGUUUCCCUAUUCUUCGUGACUUUUGUUUUCUGAAGUGAACUUUGAAAGCAUAGGGAAAAGCCAUUGGCACCCAGUUUAUUUCCAUUUUUAAUUCCUCAUUUAUUUUCUUUACCUUUUUACCCCUGUUAAUUUUGUUUAAAUGAAUGUGCAGCUGUUUCGUUUUAGAACUGUCAUGCUGAGACAUUUUGAUAAUUCACUGUCAUGCCAAAUUAUGGAGUAGGGGGAGGAAAGGGAGUUGUUCUUUUGUAAAAGCUGGACAAUGUAUAUGCUUCAAAUGUCACUUGCAAAAUGGAUGUUUUGAGGAUAUUCAUGAGCAAUGUACAAUCCCCAUUUUUAUAGCCAGGUAUAAGUAGAGAGAAAAAAUUGACUUGGCCUGACAUUCUACUUUUGUACUGAAAAUGUCAUUCUUUUCUGAUUUAUCCUGUGAGCAAAUAUACCCAUGUCUUUAAAUGGUUCCUACUGUUGAACAAUGUGCUAAUGCAAUUGACUUAAACUGUGAGUAUUGCUGUCAUGUCAUUAUAAACCCUGAAAAGCUUUAGAAAAACCAGCACAAGAAAUGGACGAACGAGAGUUUAACUCUAAACUUCCACCAUGGGGAAAUUCUAAGAAAGUCUAUGCAUUGUAAAAUGAGGCUUCUGUGUCUGUCUUUUGCUUAACAAAAUCCGAACCAUGGUAGUGGUAGGAUUUUAAAAAAUACGAUUCCUGUAAUGUGCCAUGAUUUAAAUUUUCUUAAUUUUUUUUUUUUUGUGUCACAAAUUGGCCAGUUGUAGCAAAUGGCGGGUUGCAUUAACAUUUCCGUUUCACAGCCGUCCUUACAGAAUGGGCUGUGGAACAGCAAAUUCUCAACUCCAACAUUCUAGAGGUCUGUCAAGAAAACGUUUGCUCACAUGUAACCUAUAUGCACACUGCUUUGUUAGACUGUUUGAAAAUGACUAGAAAUAAACAUCAAUAAGAUUACUUAAAUGAGCAGGAAGUUCUUUUCAGCGUCUUCCUGGUGUCAUCUUUAGAGUUUUAACUUGGGGAACUGCACUUUUUAUAGGACAAUCCUUAUUUGUAUUGGUAACAAUUGACAAAGUUUAGUCUAACAAUACAUGGUAGAUACUCAAAUGUGUAGUGAUGAAUGUUUCCUGUAAUGCUGUUUUAUUUUUCUCUUUGUUGCUUGGUUUUCAAUUUUAGUACCCUUAAGUGCAUAUGUAACGAGGUAGUUGAGAUUAGAGUAGUUUUUAGGUCUUUUGUUGCCUGUACUUGUAGACUGAUAAUAACUGUUUGUAAAGUCCUGAUCUUGAUAUCGGAAUACAAAGCUGUAUAACUUGGGUACAACCCGCAAUAAAGCCUAACAGUGAGA